AUUCCUAUUAAAUCAUCCACCCGCACUUCUCCCUUCCAUCGCUCCCUAUACCUGUUUGUUGCUUUACAAUUAAUAAAUUGUUGGAUUUACCUAACAUCCCUGUCCAGAGUUUGUAUAUAUCCUGACAGAAGGACAGACCUGGCAAGAUGAACCCGACAGAUCCCGAUCCAUUUAAGGAAUCAGUUGAAACGAUGAGAAGAGAACUCGCCAGUCACACAGCUCCACCAGUCACCACCACCAUGUCUGUUCCACACUCUCCUUCUCCGAUCAUUUUCACCAGUCCCAUGGUCAAUCCAGCGCCCUACUCUGGCGCGGCGGAGGAUUGCAAUGGCUUUCUAUUGCAGUGUUCACUGGCACUUGAAAUGCAGCCACAGCGGUUUCCUACUGAACGUUCUAAGAUCUCAUAUGUUAUUUCUCUGUUAACAGGAAGAGCUUUGCAAUGGGCAGAAACUAUGCGAUAUCAGUGUGGUCCAGUUAUGCAGUCAUUUGAAAACUUUGUGGCCCACUUCCGUGAGGUAUUUGGACACCCCAUAGGAGACUCCUCCAUCUGUGACCAGUUACAGUAUAUUACAGGGAAGAGCUCAGUCUAGAAUUAUGCUCUGAAAUUUCGAACCCUCGCCACCUCUAGUGGAUGGAAUGAGCGAGCCCUGCUGACUACCUACCGUCAGGGUUUAAAUCCUUCGCUACAACUGCAAUUGGCCAUUUACGAUGAUUCCAUAGGUUUGGAAAAAUUCAUCCAACAAUCCAUCAGUGUCUAACCGCAUGCAAAGCUGCUUGGAAGAGACAUCUGCCUUGCAAUCCUCCGCAACUCACCAACGCAUGCCUGAGCGACCCGUCUUCCCAGAACCAGAGUUUGAGCCCAUGCAGAUAGACAACACCCGCUUAUCACCUGCUGAAAGAUGCUGCCGGCUGACCCAGAAUCUCUGUCUGUAUUGUGGAGCUGGAGGGCAUGUAAUCUCUUCAUGCCCAAUUAGACCACCACGGCCCUUGGUGAGUGCAGUUUCAAGUCCUUCCAUUAAACUUUUCUCCACUGACUACUACGGUUUCAGUAAUUACUGCCAACCAUGUUGUUACAGUUACCGCCCUCCUUGACUCUGGGUCAGCCGUUAACUUCAUCUCCGGACAACUCUGCAGGCAGCUCAACCUCCAGAAGACCUCAACUCCAACCCCGUACAAGGUCCAGUCAGUAACCGGAAGAAACCUAAGCAGAGGCUACAUUCGUCAUCAAGUCAAACCCAUCCUGCUAAGAGUUGACUGCCUGCACGUCGAGUCUUUCUCUCCUCUGGUUCUGGAAGGUUCUACCGUCGCUGUCAUCCUAGGGCGCCCCUGGCUAAUACAACAUCAGCCCAGAUUGCCGUGGAUUACAGGUGACGUUCUGCAAUGGGGUGAAACCUGCUUCCCUCAUUGCUUUCCAGAACUACCUCUACAAUCUCCAGAUCCUACAGCAGUAUUACCAGUUAACUCCACAACCAUUGAAAUGACCAUGGGACUGUGCCAUCGACCUGGUACCGGGUGAGUCGGUGCCCCGAGGAAGGAUUUAUCCACUAUCCAUACCAGAGCAGAGGGCUAUGGAGGAGUACAUUGAGGAGGCACUCAAGCAGGGUUACAUCCGCCCUUCAACCUCUCCUGCCGCAUCCAGCUUCUUUUUUGUCACCAAGAAGGACAGAGGCUUGAGGCCCUGCAUAAAUUAUCGAGCACUGAAUAAGAUCAUGGUAAAGUUCCGCUAUCCACUUCCCCUCGUCCCAGCGGCUUUGGAACAGCUCCGCGACGCUUCAGUUUUCACCAAGCUGGACCUCCGAAGCACUUACAACCUCAUCCGGAUACGUGAGGGGGACAAAUGGAAGACUGCAUUUGUGACACCUGCUGGACACUAUGAGUAUUGCGUUAAGCCGUAUGGCCUGGACAACGCCCCCUCCGUAUUCCAGGAUUUCAUGAAUGAGGUGCUCCGGGAUUUCCUCAACCGCUUUGUGGUAGUGUAUAUCGAUGACAUCCUGAUAUACUCCCGGAGUCUGGCCGAACAUUGCCAUCAUGUUUCGGAGGUCCUAUAGCAUUUGCGUGAUAACCAGCUUUUCCUAAAAGCAGAGAAAUAGUUUCCACCAAUCCUCCAUCCAAUUCAUUGGGUAUAACAUCUGUAAGGAGGGCAUUCUCAUGGACGAAGGGAAGGUACCAGCAGUGAGGUCCUGGCCAACUCCCACCACCAUAAAAGA